AUGACCAUCUCAAGAAGAGCACUNAAGCUUAAUUCACCAAUGGUAGCUUUUGAUUUUUAUAAGGAGAUUUUGGAAUAUGGGUAUCCUCCAAGUUUGUAUUUUUUUAAUGUUUUGAUGAGUAAGUUGUGUAAGGAAGGUAAAAUGGUGGAAGCACGGUCGGUGUCUACGGAGAUGUGGAAGAGGAAUUUGAGACCUAGUGUUGUUAGUUUCAAUAUUUUGAUAAAUGGGUAUUGUAGAUUAGGUGAUAUGGAUGCAGGGUAUAGGUUAACAAGAGAAAUGGAGGAAAGAGGAAUUUUGCCCGAUGUUUAUACUUAUAGUGCUCUGAUCAACGGGCUUUACAAGAACCUUUGGAUGAGGGACGCAAAUGAGUUGUUUAAUGAGGUGUGUGUAAAAGGUUUGGUUCCGAAUGUUGUUAUAUUCACGACUUUGAUUAAUGGCCAUUGCAAAGAUGGCAGCAUUGUUUUGGCCAUGGAUGCCUAUCAACUGAUGCUGACGCAAGGGGUGGAACCGGAUUUGAUUACAUAUAACACACUUGUCAAUGGACUUUGUAAGAGUGGGGAUUUAGGGGAAGCGAGGAAGCUCAUUCAUGUAAUGAUUGAAAAGGGUUUGAAGCCUAAUAAGAUCACAUACACGACGGUUAUUGGUGGAUGCUGUGCAGAGGGAGAUUUAGAUGGAGCAUUUGAGAUCAAGAAAAUGAUGUCUGAUAACGACAUUGAACUAGAUGAUGUAGCAUAUACCGCUCUUAUCACAGGUUUGUGUCUGCAAGGACGAAUAGUUGAUGCAGAAAGGAUUUUAACGGAAAUGUUGAAUUCUGAUGUAAAGCCUGAUGACCCUAUUUAUACUAUGGUUAUCGACGGUUUCUGUAAGAAGGGAGAUGUUAAGAUGGGUUUUAAGUUGCUAAGGCAGAUGCAAAGUAAUGGACAUGCACCUAAUCUUAUAACUUACAAUGCGCUUUUAAAUGGUCUAUGCAGACAAGGACAGAUGACAAAUGCUGAAAUGUUAUUACAAGCCAUGCUUAAUCUUGGUUUGAAUCUGGAUGACAUUACCUAUAACAUACUAUUGGAUGGGCAUUGCAAGUAUGGAAAUCCUGAUGAUUAUGAUAUGCUACAUGGUGAAAUGGGGCUUGUUCAUAACUAUGCUACUUAUACUUCACUAAUUGGUAGCUUAAGUAGGAGCUCGAAACCUCAGGCCAGGAAGUGAUGCAUUUAAUCAGAGCGCCAAAGACUACCAUCUGUAACUGCCUUUUAGCAGGUGGAUUUCAUUCCAUAAGUUAAUUACCCUGUGAAUAGUAUUGAAUGGAUCGGCGCAAGUUUCCCCUGGCUUGUGAAUGAUGCUGUAAGAUGGAUUCGAACUAAUGCAAUUUUGGAUAAAUUGAUGAAGAUGAUGUUAGGUGAAUUUUCAUUACCUCACAAAACUGCUAGAAAGAGAGUAACUUCCCUUUAUUUCUUCUUGUUGUUAAACCAUUCUUUGUCUAUAACACCAAAAGAGAAAAAGUCAAUAGUUUUUAUGGACCGUUGUAUGCAUACAAGUAUUUGUGAACAAGGAUGCUUCAUACUUUUU